AUGGAGCACCAAAAGCGCCACCUGGAAGAGGGGCCCUUCUCGUGUCCCGAGUGCGGCAAAACCUUCCUGCACGCCUCUGUCCUGGGGGAGCAUCGGAAGAUCCACCUGCUGGAGCCGCUGCCCAAGAGGCCCCGCCGGAGCGGGGGCGAGGAGCCAGGAGAGGCCGACCCCCAGGAAGCGGCAGGGCAGGCCCAGGACUCGGAUGGAGGCCGGCGCGGGGAGCCCUCCGGCCGCGGGGAGCCCUCGGGUCUCGGGGAGCCCUCCGGCCGCGGGGAGCCCUCCGGUCUCGAGGAGCCCUCCGGUCUCGGGGAGCCCUCCGCCCGCGGGGAGCCUUCCGGCCGCCGGGAGCCUUCGGGCCGCCGCGAGACCUCAGGCCGCCGCGAGCCCUCGGGCCGCCGCGAGCCCUCCGGUCGCGAGCGGCCCUUCGAGUGCGGCGUCUGCGGGAAGGCCUUCCCCUGGAUGGUCCACCUCCUCGACCACCAGAAGCUGCACGCCACGCAGUGAGCGGACGUGCGUCCCGGGUGACAGCGACCCCCCGGCGGGCUCGUCCCGCGGGGCGACCCGGGACCCACCGCGUCCCCCCCCUCCCCGGUGACAGCGACCCUCGGUGGGCUCAUCCUGCGGGGCGAACCGGGACCCGCUUCCCUGCCGCCGUGUCCCCCGGAUGACAGCGACCCUCGCGGACUCGUCCUGCGGGGCGACCCCGGACCCGCCGCGUCUCUGGGUGUCGCCGCGCCUGCCUCUUACCCCGAGUGACAGCGACCUUCGGCGGACUCGUCCUGCGGGGCGGCCCGGGAGCCGCCGCCCCGUUCUCCAGGUAACAGCGACCUUCGGCGGACACAUACUGCGGGACGACCCCAGAACCGGGCGCGCCUGCCGCUUACCCCGAGUGACAGCAAUCACCGAAGGGCUAGUCCUGCGGAGCGACCCGGGACCCGCCACCCCCGCCGCCGCGUUCCCCGGGUGACAGCGACCCCUGGCGGACUCGUCCUGCAGGCGACUCGGGACACGCCACGUCUCUGGGUGUCGCCGCGCCUGCCGCUUACCCCGAGUGACAGCGACCCACGAAGGGCUCGUCCUGCGGGGCGACCCGGAACCUACCGCGUCUCCCGGGUGUCGCCGCGCCUGCCGCUUACCCCGGGUGACAACGAACCUCUGCGAACUCGUCCAGCGGAGUGACCUGGGACCCGCCAUCCCCGCCGCCGCGUCCCCCGGGUGACAGCGACCCCUGGCGGACUCGUCCUGCAGGCAGCCCAGGAACCACCUUGUGUCUGGGUGUCGCCGCGCCUGCCCCGUUCCCCGGGUGACAGCGACCCCGGGUGUUCGUCCUGCGGGGUGACCUGGGACCCACCGCGUCUCCCGGGUGUCGCCGCGCCUACCGCUUACCCGGGUGCCAGCGACCCUCUGCGAACUCGUCCAGCGGAGGGACCUGGGACCCGCCAUCCCCGCCGCCGCGUCCCCCGGGUGACAGCGACCCCUGGCGGACGCGUCCAGCAGGCAACCCAGGACCCGCCGCGUCUCUGGGUGUCGCCGCGCCUGCCCCGUUCCCCAGGUGACAGUGGCCCCCGGGUGUUCGUCCUGCGGGACGACCCGGGACCCACCGCAUCCCCCGGGCGUCCCCGCACCUGCCGCUUAACCCGAGUGACAGCGACCCACGAAGGGCUCGUCCUGUGGGGCGACCCGCGACCCACCGCGUCUCCCGGGUGUCGCCGCGCCUGCCGCUUACCCCGGGUGACAACGACCCUCUGCGAACUAGUCCAGCGGAGCGACCCAGGACCUGCCACCCCCGCCGCCGCAUCCCUCGGGUAACAGCGACCUCCGGUGGACUCGUCCUACAGGUCACCCGGGACCCGCCGCCUCUCUGGGUGUUGCCGCGCCUGCCACUUACCCCAGGUGACAGUGACCCCCCCCCCCGGGGGGCUCGUCCUGUGGGACGACAGGACACCCACCUUAUCUCCCGGGUGUCGCCGCACCUGCCGCUUACCUAACCGAAUGACAGCGACCACCGAAGGGCUCGUCUAGCUGAACAACCUGGGACCAGCCACCCCCGCCACCGCGUUCCCCGGGCGACAGCGACCCCUGGCGGACUCAUCCUGCAGGCGACCCGGGACCCGCCGCUUGUCUGGGUGUCGCCACGCCUGCCGCGUUCCUUGGGCGACAGCGACCCCCAGCGCCGCGCUCAGCUGGGCAGUCCGCCGUCUGUGUUCCGCAGGCGACAGAAGAGGAGCUUCGCCAGCGCCAGUUCCAGGAGCUUUUCCGGGGGGCGCCCUUCACCUGCCGGCCCUCCUGCACUCCCGGGAAGGCCACCUCCUGCCCUCACAGACCCUGGGAGCCUGGCACAAACGCAGGGCUCUUCUAUGUGGUCUUUCCCUUUCCUCUUCUUCUUCUUCUUUUUUGUUUUUGUUUUUGUCCCAGCCCACCUUUUCCUUUUUCACUCUUUUUUUAUGAUAAAGUACACACAACUUAAAACGUGCCAUUUUAACUACUCAUAACGCACAAUUCGAUGGCAUUAAGUACAUGCAUAGGGUCGUGCAACCCAUGUAUUCUGGUACAUUUUCAUCACUCCCAAAAUGGGUUCCCCGUACCCACUAGCAGUCACUUCCCACCUCCCCUCUCUCAGCCCUUGACACCUACUAAUCUGCUUGCUUUCUGGAAGAUUUUAGGCAGGAUUUUUAGGACUGACCAAAACUGACCUGCACACGUUUCCGUUUGACUCACAGAAUGACCUUUGUGUUUUUGUUUCUUUUAAAGAUAAAUGCAAACAUUUUUCAAACCAUACACGUCACAUAAAAAUCUGGCAUUAUGGUCACCCUGGAUCUCCCCAGAGCAGGUGUUGGAUCACCCAGGUGCCUCAGUUCACCCCACCACUGCUGGGGAUGGCCCACGUGCAUCUGGAUUCAGCCGGACAUCCGUCCCUACCCCUUCAUCGCUGGGCACCACUUGCCCCCAUGCCAACAAAAGCCUUACAAGUGUCUUUUUUUUUUGAACUUGGAUAGUGUUGGAUUGACUCUGACCCCACAUAAGCAGAGACCUUCUCCUUUUAAUCAUCCAUAAGUCGCCUUUCAACUGGAAAACUCUUCUGGACCUGCCCCGCCCAGCCCACUGCUGCUUCUCGACCAAGCUGCCUCCUUCCUGCACCCAUCCGUAGCCUGUGUCCCCUGGCACCUUCCCGGGCCAUGCAGGUCCCUCUGCUGCCUUCGCGCUAUUUGCUGCACUUGCCUUCUUGGAGCUCUCUCUAGCUGGGCCUCCGGACCUUGUUCUUGCCUCGCUACAGCAUCCUGGCUUAUCCUCACUGAGGGCUUCUGGCUCUACUCCAUGCCUUAAUUUCUUGUGAGCUUCAGCUCCCUUCCCAAGCACCUUCUCUCUCAUCCUGCUGAGGCGGAGUUUCUUCUUCGAAGCUCAGGUGGCAAGGGGGGGGUAGAGGGUCUUGACCCCACAGUCAGCCUGAGUCUUCAGGUACAGCACACACGAUGGACAGGAUUAUCCAGUGUCCCCACUGGUUGGUGAGCAGGAGUUUAUUCCAAUGCAGUUUCCAUUCCGAUCCCCUUAAGUCAGAGGCAUGUUCAUAGCUCUCUGGGAUGGAGCACGAUUGCAGGAGAGAGUGGGGGCUGCUGCCAGCAAGGCAUCAGUCAGACCCCUAACUGCCAUGCCCCCCCCCCCCAGCCAUCCUUGCGUGAAUUCUCCGAAGAUGUCUGCCUCGGCAUCCCACGGACCAACGGCCCUCCAGUGACAUCUGCCUGGUGUCCCUCAGUCCUCCACCUGAGCUUGUCCAAAGAACCCUAGUGCGAAAGAAAACCAACGGCCUCCCCUAUGCCGUCUCUCCACCCUCCAAGGCCCCAAGCUUGCCCUGUUCCAGUUUCUCCUCUGCCCUGAACCGUGCCCGCCUCCCUGUCUCUCUUCUAUCGUCUUUUCUCCAUCUUUGGAUGCCUGCAGCUGUGUCUAGGCGAACUCUGCCUCCAGUCCACUCCCCUCCAUCCCAUCCAAUACCCACGGCCAGCAAGAUCCUUCUGAAACAGACACUCUGAGAUGACAUCAAGCCCAGCAGACCAGUUCCUUCGAAUCUCUUCCCACGUCAGUAGCUCUUGGCACUGGGGUGGUGGAGGCUGGCCUCCUGUGCCCACUCAGUUCCUGCUUGUCUCCACAAUGACUCCUAUGCGGGGCCUCCUCACCUCCUCGAGGGAUGCCUCCUCUGCUUAGAAAAGUCUCCACUGCAGCAUUUUACCAGCACCCGGCCCAGAGCAGCCCUUCGUGAGUGAGAAUGGGUGAAUGGUAACCAAAUGAGUACGUGAGCUGCAGCCGCUGCCAAGACCCCACCGCAGGGCUGCAGUAAUCAGCCAAGGAAGCCUUACCUGGACCUCUGAGGAGGGGAGCUGGCAGCACCGUGGAAGGCUCCCCUCAACACCCUCUGCCUUGGCUGACAGGGGCAAGGAUGUGGCCCAGGGCCCUGGGCCUGGAGAGUCGCUCCUCCGAAUCCCGAUUCACCAAAGCCGCCAAACUGAGUUAAUUGCCCGGCCUGCCUAGUCCCAAGAUGCUGCUCAAGCUGUAGUGAGAUAGAGCACCGGCCCCUCUCUUCUCUUUCUCCUCACUCCUUGCAUGCUUGGCUCACCCUGUGCCUUCCUCUGCCAGCGUCCCCUGCAAGACCCCAACACCUGCCCACUAGGACGCUUCCCAGGCUCGUCUGUCCUCCAGCUCUUGUCACAGAGCAUCUGCUGGGCCAGGCACUGGGUGCUGUGAUGCAGCGCAAAUCCUCAUCAUCUCACGCUCCAGGGAACCAGAGGAAAACAGACCACCCUCCUUCCCGCUGAAGCCAGGACCUCUGGGAGGAGAAGAGGCCUGGGCACUGCUAGGUUCUGAGGCUCCCGAAAGGAUUUUUUGUUUAAAGGAUGAAAUAUAUCCACAAGGAUAGAUGCUGUAAUAUAUUUAAAUGUGUAUGUCAAACAAUCUAACAAAAUUAGAGUGUAAUGAAGUUGUGCUAUCCAUAA